AAAGCUUCCGUUCAUAUGUCACACUUCAGUCAGCAGAAAACUUGGAGUGGGGAAAACCCCUUUGCCUGUAAGGUAUGUGGGAAAGUCUUCAGCCACAAAUCAAAUCUUACUGAGCAUGAACAUUUUCAUAAUAGAGAGAAACCUUAUGAAUGUAACGAAUGUGGAAAAGCCUUUAGCCAGAAGCAAUAUGUUAUUAAACGUCAGAACACCCACACUGGAGAGAAGCUUUUCGAAUGUAACGAGUGUGGAAAAUCCUUCAGCCUGAAGGAAAACCUUCUCGCCCAUCAGAAAAUUCACACUGGAGAGAUACCUUUUGAGCUUAAGGAUUGUGGGAAAGCUUUCAUUCAGAAGUCAAACCUCAUCAGACACCAGAGAACUCACACGGGAGAGAAGCCUUUUGUAUGUAAGGAAUGUGGAAAAACCUGCAGUGGCAAAUCUAACCUUACUGAGCGUGAGGAAAUUCAUAUUGGAGAGAAACCCUUUAAAUGUAGUGAAUGUGGAAGAUUUGGCCAGAAGAAGUACCUCAUAAAACAUCAAAACAUUCACACUGGAGAGAAACCCUAUGAAUGUAAUGAACGUGGAAAAGCCUUCUCUCAACGAACAUCACUUAUCAUAUAUGUGGGAAUUCAUUCAGGUGAUAAACCUUAUGAAUGCAAUGUAUGCAGAAAAGCCUUCUCUCAAAGUUCAUGUCUUACUGUGCAUGUGAGAAGCCAUACAGGUGAAAAUCCCUAUGGUUGUAAUGAAUGUGGGAAAGCUUUCUCUCAAUUCUCAACCCUUGCUCUGCAUUUGAGAAUACACACAGAUAAGAAGCCUUAUCAAUGUAGUGAAUGUGGGAAAGCUUUUAGCCAGAAGUCAUACCAUAUUAGACACCAGAAAAUUCAUACUCAUUAAAAACCCUA